AUGCAGUGGCAAUUGUUUACAGCCCUAGUGCUUUUUGUAGCAUGGAGUUAUCCUUCGCACGGACUGAGGAUAUCCGCGCUCGAAAUUGAGCGACGCAUGCCGCAAAAGCAGGCAAAGAUUGGCUCCAGAAACUAUCCCAUCGAAUAUGUCCUGUUGCCGAGUGCUCGAGGUGGAUACAGAAGGCGCUAUAUUCAUAAUCUGGCUAAAGCAGCUCCUACAACAACUGAACGUCCUUUGGUUCGUGUUUGGAAUAGUUUUGUCCGCAGCGUUCAGCCCGCUUUCAGUUUCCGUAACCUGACGAAUCCGCUGGCCAACUUCUUUAACGAUGGCAGUGCGAACAUCAUCGAGACGUCGCCGGUUUAUCUACAGUCCUACGAUGAUAACCAGGAGUUGCAGCUUGAGGAACCAGCUCAAGUGGCCCCACAGUCUUCCAAGAAACCCAAGCGGAAGCGCCGCAAGCAACAAAAACGCCGACCAGUCUACGACUCGGGGGAGAACGAUGAUGCCUACAGCCCUUACGAUACCUACUUCGCGCCACCUUCUCCGCCACAGUCCGCCGAGCCAAUGUUCUUUUACGAUACCAAUUCCGGUAGCUACUACGGAGUACAGCGCUUUAGUCCGCAGGAUUUCCAAACUAAUUUCUACGGCAACUUUAAUAUCCCGCCAAGGGAGGCAGAAGAGGUGGAUAGCGAACCUGAGCAGGAGGCGCCCGUAGUGAGAAGACUCGGAACCAGAAAAGUGACUCUACUGCGACCACUGCCUUUAUUGUCGGCCAAGGGCCAAUCAUCAACGAAGCUAGUAGAAAUCCGCAAGCCGGAGCCUUCCAAUGAUAAUGAAGAAACCGCUGAGGAAACAGACAGCAGCGCACCGAGCGAUGCACCGAUUAGCGAUGACGACGAUGGGGAUAUCGAAGCCCAAUCAGCGCUCUCCGAAAGCAUGCGCAAUACUCUCGGCACGUACAUGCGCGACGAUAGCCACACCCGACAGCGCCAGAGGCUUGCUAGCGAUGCAGCGCCAGCCGCAGUUUCCGCCGCCAAAGUUUCGCCACGCCAUCAUCAACGACACCUGGCACGGCUGGGCGCCUGGUAAUACAUGCUAAGCUAUAAACUAUAAACUCUUUACUUAUGGAUGAUCGUGUAUUUAUCGUAUGUGUUAGGUGCGAGUGAGGAUGGGGAAUGCAUGAAAUAGAGCUGG